CUUAAAACCGUGACCUUCUUCGCUUCCAUCAAUAGCCCCCCUCAAAUUACUUGAAUGCCGGGAGCACGAAUCCUAUGCGCACAUGACGCAUGAUCAUCAUGACUGCACCCUGACGGCCAUCUUUGCACUUAAAUGCUGUGUUCUCGGGCCCAUAUAAACAUCCUCUCCCAAGGACUACUCCACGAUCUUCGCGAUACGACCUUGUAACACUAACGACCGUCAACGAUGCGUGCCUCUACAAUCUUCCUCGUCGUCUUAUCAGGAGCUGCUAGCCUUGUCUCAUCUCGUCCAAGCGCUUCUUAUCUCACUCAGUCUUUCCGGGCGCUUUCGGGUGCGUCGUACAAAAGACAAUCCAGCGUUCCUUCACAAUGCACCUCAACCUGCGACCCUGUCAACAACGAAGUGAAUGCUGGAUGUCCCAUAUCCGCAUGCUGCACCCAGUCAUUUGAAACAAGCUACUACGACUGCCUCUUGUGCGUUGGCACUGCGGUGAACGCUACGGAUUAUACACAGGCACAGACCGAUCUAGACCAACUCUACGUUUCAUGCUACGAUUACGGCUAUUCACUCCAAGAGUACACUUUCCCUGGUCAAAACCCGUCCCGCACUCUCUCAACUUCUGCCCUUGUCGGUUCUUCAUCCCUUGUCGGUUCUUCAUCCAUUGUUGGUUCUUCAUCCCUUGUUGGUACUCCAACUGCUACUACGACCAUCUCGAAGUCUACUGUACUGCCUUCAGGCACUUUAUCUACCCCCUCUGGCACAUCCGCCUCCUCUGGCACGUCGGCAUCAACCAAUGGCACAGCGACUUCGUCUUCGUCCACGCCUACAAGCGCUACGCUUGGGCUAGGCCCAGGAGGAAACGGAGUCUGGGCUUUGGUUGCUGCUGCUAUAGGAUUAAUCGUACUCUAGAUAAGCGGAAUGCUUGACUGUGAAAACUACUGUAUAAUUUUUCUUGAACUUUCUUUUGAUCAGCGCUUCUCGAAUGUUGAUAAUUGUGGAUUUCUACGGGUGGUAGAUAUACAAUGUACAAACUCUACGAGCUGAUUUCUGUGCCCCGUGACUCAU